UAUACUGAAAACCUAGAGUAACAUGGCUUGACUGUGAUCACAGCACUUACAGAGGUCUGAAUUCCUGUCAAGUUUGGAUCUCGGGGUGUAAAACGAAUCAAUAAAAUUUUGAAUUUUUUUGUUUGAUUUUUACCAGGCUAUGAUGUUGUUUGGUGCAGUGGCCAAUGCCAGUGAUAAUCCAGAAGAUCUGUCAGCAUCAAUACUGCAGGGAUUCUCCUGCAGCUCAGUUCAGACUCUCCCACAGCAGAAAGCCAAAGAUCUAGUGAAAGCCUGUAGACCUCGUGCAGGCAGAGACAAGGUCCUCCUGAAAGAGGCUCAGCUGACCUGCAUGUACAGCUACGUGAAAGACGAUCCAUUUGUUAGCUUUACUGACGUCCCCUCUGAUAUGCUUCUGUACUACAGGUGUGUAACACGUUCACAUACACAAUGUACCGUAUAUAAAAGAUAAGGCACACUUCCCCUGCAUUCCCAAUUUUCAAAUAUCUGAGGUUAAGAAUAUGGGUCAUAUGCUAUCUGUAAUGUGUGUGUGUGUGUGUUGUAGCUAUGAGAAGAUACAGAAGGAGAACUGUCGGUCAUAUUUCUCUGCCCUGGGCAGAGCAGAUUUCUCCGUUCUUUCCCACGGCCUUGACAAAAAGACCAUCCUGUUCAAUGAUGCAAAGGACUGCCUGGGUAUAUCUGGUGUGAGCCUGACCAGUUAUCAGGUGGAGGUUCUGGGGAAUAUGGCCUGCACACUGAACCCCUCCUACAUCCAGAACUCUCACCCUCUCAUUUUGGAGAAACUGAAGAACUGUGGAGAUCUUUCUGAUUCUCAGAUCACUGCUGUACAGUCUUUGCUCCUCAGUGGGAACACCGCUUAUGGUAAUCCCUCAACGUGGAAUGAGCAGACCGUGGAGCAACUCAGCAUCCUGGCUGUCUAUUUCAAAUCAGACCUCUGCAACACACUUAGCUUUAAUGUAAGGCGGAAGUUCUUUUCAGUCCUGAGGAAGCAGAAGAUCCCGAUGAAGAAGCUAAGGACAUUCUUUACAGAAUGCAACUCAGAAAGUGCUACAGUGAGCAACAUCACAGCGGUGACAAUUGCAGAUGCGUCGUUUCCUUUCGGCUUUAACUCCACCCAGUUUGAUCUGUAUCUGGACAUCGCUGUCCUGCAGAACAACCUGGCAGCCAUCACUGAGAAAGUGGUGGACACCAGCUUCCAGACCAUCAUUCUGAACAAGUUAAACCAGAUAUACCCAUCAGGCCUUAAUGAUGGUGUGCUGCAGCUACUGGGUUCCACUUCUCGUGUGGCCACUAUUGAUGAUAUUAGCAAGUGGAACAUUACCAUAAUUGACACACUGUCCUCUUUGAUGGACUCAAAUGGUGGACUCUGGGAACCAGAAAAGAGUAAAGCGGUUAUUAUGAGGUAUCUGAGCAUGGGGAAUCGCUCUCUGGGAAGUGCUGAAAUAAAUGCAGUUGGUUCCAACAUCUGUACUUUAAACAUCAGUGUACUGGAAAAUAUCAAUGCUGAGAGCCUAAAGGAGGUCCUGUUUCCAGAUCUUUCCUCAUGUACCAUCGAACAGAAAUCCGCUCUGUACGUCACAGCCAACACUUCAUUCAGCAAUCAACGCAGCAAAGCAUACUACCAAAUUAUGAGACCUUACCUGGGUAAAACAAUCAUCCACAUACACAGAAAUACUAAACACACACAGGUGUAGUGUUUUAGAACAGCAGUAGUUGGAUUGAAUGAAAAGUAGCUGCACAAACGCAUGCACAUAUGCACACCCGCAUGCACCCACCCACACACACACACACACACACCCACACACACACACACA